CCCAAAGGCCAAAGGCAUUCUCUCUCUCUUUCUACUUAUUAAUCUCUCUCUUCUCCCGAAAAGUCCCUUAAUAAGCUUUUGCUUUGAUAUCAGAUCUCUCUCUCUCAGUCUCAGCUUUUGAGAUGCGUGCUCCUUUAGGGCUUUCCUUUUAUACCCCAAAACGAGGCCUUUCCUCCUCUCUCUCUCAUACGUUAUAAGAAAGGGAUCCAGAGAGGAGAAGAGAUUGAGAGAGAGAUGGCGAAUAUGGAAGAGAUACAAUGUGGGUCUAUGUUGUUCAGACAAGAGGAGCUGCAAGAGAUGAGUGGGGUCAAUGUUGGAGGCGGUUACGUUGAGGUCAUGUGUGGUUGUACGAGCCACCGUUACGGUGAUGCCAUUGCUAAACUUAGGGUUUUCCCCAACGGCAAUCUCGAAAUCACCUGUGAAUGCACGCCCGGCUGUGAUGAAGUUUUGAGUGUAGACAAGUUAACACCAGCUGCGUUCGAGAAGCAUUCUGGCAGAGAAACGGCUAAGAAAUGGAAGAACAAUGUGUGGGUUAUAAAUGGAGGCGAAAAGGUUCCAUUAUCAAAGACAGUAUUGCUCAAAUACUACAACGAAGCAUUAAAGAAGUGCAAAAGAUCGACCAAAUCACAAGGUACCAAAGUAUUCCAUAGAGAUGAGUUUGUUGGGUGCAUAGAAUGUGGUAAGGAGAGGAGGUUCAGGUUGAGGAGCAGAGACGAAUGCCUCUUGCACCACAACGCAAUGGUGGAUCCAAACUGGAAAUGCUCAGACUUUCCAUAUGACAAGAUAACAUGUGAGGCAGAGGAAGAGAGAGGAAGCAGGAAAGUGUAUAGAGGCUGCACACGUUCACCAACUUGCAAAGGCUGCACUUCUUGCGUCUGCUUUGGCUGCGAGUUAUGCCGUUUCCCUGAUUGUACUUGCCAGAUGUGUGUUGACUUCACCAGCAAUGUCAAAGCUUGAAGAAGAGUCUACUAAAUAAAAUUGUCUUGCAUUUAAAACCUUGUUGUAUUCUUAAUUUCCAAAACUCUUAUAUCUAUUCUAUAUUAUCUGAUGGGUCAUUGAAUGGAGCAAUUGAAAAGGUAAAAAAAAAGGUGGAUU